GGGCAUGGGCCAUGCUGCUGCAACCUGGCUUGGGGCAGCUGUGGUAGGCACUGCUGCCUCCUCAGCCAUGGGCUGUGCCUUAUUUCUGUCCUGCUCCUUCUCCCUUUGUGCUUCAGCUCCCACGUCAAGGCUGUGCUCUGCUGAAAAGACUGGCUUUGCUAGGGUCCCCACUCUCCCCUCCCUGUGCUGCAUGUCCUGGCAAGGGCAGGUGCCACCACUCCAGCAUGGCAGCAUGGGCAGAACUCUGCCAUGAGUGGCGGCGGAGCCCAUGUUGUGCUUUCCCAGCUCUCUCCGUAGCACCACGGAGUGGUUGGUGGCGUGGCUGGCCAGCAGAGCCCGUGCUUGGGUGGCGGGAUGCUCUCCAUGACCUACAGUGAGAGCCUGCGCAGCGUGGCCAGCCGGCCCGCUCCCGAGUGGGGGCUGCCCCCGGCCCCCCGGGCGGCCGAUGGGCUGGAGCUGCGGCGGCUGCGGGACGUGCGGGCGGCAGCGCGGGCGAAGACACUGGAGGAGUUCCUGCGGAUGCACGGGCUCUCCCUGGCUGACAGCACUGCCCACGCCACCGGCAUGAAGUACAGGAACCUCGGGAAGUCUGGGCUGCGCGUGUCCUGCCUGGGCCUGGGGACAUGGGUGACUUUCGGAGGGCAGAUCACAGAUGAGAUGGCGGAGCAGCUGAUGACUUUAGCUUAUGACAACGGCAUUAAUCUCUUUGACACAGCAGAAGUCUACGCUGCUGGCAAGGCCGAAGUGGUGCUGGGGAACAUCAUCAAGAAAAAAGGGUGGAGACGGUCCAGCCUGGUCAUCACCACCAAAAUCUUCUGGGGAGGAAAGGCCGAGACAGAGAGGGGCCUGUCCCGAAAACACAUCAUAGAAGGUCUGAAGGCGUCGCUGGAGCGGCUGCAGCUGGAGUACGUGGAUGUGGUGUUCGCCAACCGGCCCGACCCCAACACGCCGAUGGAAGGGGACCCAUUUAGUUCCUCCAAGUCCAGGACUUUCAUCGUAGAAGAGACGGUGCGAGCCAUGACCCACGUCAUCAACCAGGGGAUGGCCAUGUACUGGGGGACCUCGCGCUGGAGCUCCAUGGAGAUCAUGGAGGCAUACUCAGUGGCCCGGCAGUUCAACCUGAUCCCGCCGAUCUGUGAGCAGGCCGAGUACCACAUGUUCCAGCGGGAAAAGGUGGAGGUGCAGCUGCCUGAACUCUUCCACAAGAUAGGCGUCGGAGCCAUGACCUGGUCCCCACUGGCCUGUGGCAUCGUCUCGGGGAAGUACGACGGGGGGAUCCCCCCCUACUCCCGUGCCUCGCUGAAGGGAUACCAGUGGCUGAAGGACAAGAUCCUGAGUGAGGAGGGCCGGCGGCAGCAGGCGAAGCUGAAGGAGCUGCAGGCCAUUGCCGAGCGCCUGGGCUGCACCUUGCCCCAGCUCGCCAUCGCCUGGUGCCUGCGCAACGAGGGUGUCAGCUCAGUCUUACUGGGGGCCUCCAAUGCUGACCAGCUGAUGGAGAAUAUUGGAGCAAUACAGGUCCUUCCAAAGCUGUCGUCUUCCAUCGUCCAUGAGAUCGAUAGCAUCCUGGGCAACAAACCCUACAGCAAGAAGGACUACAGAUCCUAAGCGCGCCCGAGCGCGCCGCCCGCCGCGCAGCCCUCGCCGCCCGUUCGCUUGCUUACGCUUUGUUGGAGCAAAGUGGAGAGUGUGGUUUGCACCACGAGCGCCGAGAGCCAGCGCUCCUGCCCGCGCUGCCCCGGACACGGCGCCACGGCCGCUCGGCCUGGCUCUGGGGCACAGGGACGGCCGGUGGGGCGUGUGGGAGACGAGCCCCACUGCCCGGCCGCCCUGCCCGCAGUCGGAGCCGCCGCGGGGCCCGUUGCAUGCGCGGCUCCCGCCCCCGCGUUGCCGGAGGUGGUGGGCGCGGGGUGCACGCGGGUGCUGUACGCCCACGAGGCUGACAACACGAAGCUGUUCCCCAGCCCUCGCCUCUGCCCUGCGCCGCCGGCACCGCCAGCCCCACACCGGCGUGGUGGGGCUGCGGUUCCCGGGGUGGGGAACAGGAUGGGGCGGUGACAGGGAAGGGGUUCCCUGUGAGAGAAGCCCGGGGUGCCCCGGUUGAGUGUGGGGCUGGGCCAGGGGAGUGUGUGUGGGCAAGUGUGUGAGCGUGUGUGUGGACAGACACACAGGAGACACGCAGGGACAUACAGACACCUGUACAUUUGCACACAGCAGCUGUGGAGGUGACCAUGGGCCACAGGCACCUUCAGAUGUAUCUGCACAAAGCUAUUGAAAUACAGGGGCCUCUAUACACACCCCCACAUCCACUCAUUACAGGUGUGUGUACACACACACACACACAGAUAUGUAUGUAUAUAUGUAUAUAGAUGUGUAUAUAGAUAUGUACACACGUCUCUGAAAAUUAGAUGUAAAGCGUAUACAAACACACACAUGUAGACACGUGUGUACUUGUGUAUAUACAGACAUACAUAGCUCGAUGUAUAGAUCCAUAUAUGUAAUAUAUAGAUGUGUACAUAUCCAUGUAAAUAUAUUGCUGAAGCAGCAUCCAUGUUUGUAUGGAUAUAUGCACACAUGAAAAUUACAGGUACAUACAUAUAUGUGUGUAUAUGCAGAUAUAUGUGUAGAUAUAUUUAUAGCCACACCCAACUCUAUAACUACAUACUCAUCUUUCUAUAAACAUAUGCUGUAUAUACAUGUGGAAACAGAUAUUUGUGAUUUAGAUGUAGCUAUAGAUAACACAUAUCUAGAUAUAUAGCUAUAGCUAUAUAGAGAUAUAGCUAUAUAUAGAUACAUAUAUGAUAGAUAUAGAUAUGAUAUAUAGCUAUUUGAGAUACAGCUAUAGCUACAUGUAUCUAUCUCUUUAUAGCUCUUUGUGUACUCUGUGCAGAACAAACAUUUUUGCCAAUACCUAUAUCUGUUUAUCCAUAUACAUAUAUACAGAGUUGCAUCUAUCUGUGCACACAUAAAUAUAAAAACUAAAUAUAUGUGCAAACCCUCAGUUCUGUGCACAGUGUGUGUGUUUCUCCACUCCCUGUGUAGCCGUGGCUGCACCUACAAGCCCCCCAUAAAUUUGUGUGUGUGUGUGUGCAAACACAGAGGGUCUCUCCCAACCCACACAGACCAUCAGAGCUCUCCCUCUGUGCAUGGUUGGGGUCCAUAUGCACACCCCUGCCCCAUACACACCCCCACACCUUUAGGUACAUGGAUUUACCUGCAGCUGUACCCACACACCUUUAUUUAUACAUCUGUCUACAGAACUACAUUGAUGGUUGUGUGCAAACAGAAACACACACACUCAUAUAUUUGUAUGAAGUCACAAAUACAGAUGUGUAUCUCUGUAUAUACAAACGUGUACUUCUGUAUGCACACAUGUAUACUAUCUGUGUCUAGUAUAAUCUAUACACCCUUAGCUGUAUCUAUAUCUACGCCUAUGUAUAAAUAUAUAAAAAUUACAAAUA